AUGGUAGGCGCAGUCUUUCGUAUCACAAAUGUUGCACAAGAUUUUAGCAAACGAUGGAUUAUAUCGAUGAGCAUGUGCGAGCAGGAAGAUGUCGAAUUAAAUAAACUGUUUUCUUGGCUAAAGGAUAAGCAAAACACAGAUGAAACACAUGACGAUCCAUAUCAAGAAUUUGCAGCUUUAUUAUUGACUAUGGACAUGGCCAACGAAGCGCAGAAGUUCUGCCAUCAUCUUUUGUAUAAAUAUAGUCUAUUUCCACCGGAAAACAAUGAACUUGCGAAAUGUUACUAUAUGUUAGGUCACGCUCAAAUGAUAUUGGGAUUCAAAGAAAGUUCGAGUGUUCGUCUAGAGCUGCCAUCAGAUGUAGAAAAUCGACCGAAGCCCAAUUAUUUUGCUUGUUUCUCUUGGUUAAAGUUGAAAUGCUUCAAAGAUAGAAGAUAUACGUCAUCUGCAUCGUUACCCCUGAUGUCACCUGACCCUUUACAUUUCGUUGAAUCUUUGCGGUGUUUUGAAAAGGCACUAACUAGCAUCGACAAAACUGCUGCAAAUUAUCGUUUUGUACUCGGCAAAAUUUAUCAUGCACGAGCAAAUGCUUAUCGAGAACUGAAUCAUUUCAAAAAAGCGUUGGCUUCUUACAAAGUGGCGCUUAGAUAUUAUAGAAUAAAUACUAGAAUGGAACACCGUUGGGUAGCGGAAUUGUAUGCUGACUUAGGACGACUGUAUUAUGAAGAAAAACAUCUAGCUAAAGCUCUUGAUUACUAUCAACGUGCUCUGGAUGUAGCACAGAAAAAUUUAAGUGAUAUUCAUCCAGAGAUGGGAGUGUAUCACAUGGGUCUUGCCAUUGUCUAUGCAGCAAUGGGUCAGAACGAGCAAGCAAUGUUACAUAUAGAUAGAGUUGCAAAUGUCGAUGCGUUUUCUUAUCCUAUCGGCGAACCACCACUUAGUCCGUAUUACAGAGCUUUAGAUGCUUUUUACGAACACAAGGAAUCACUGAAUACUUUCCAUGCGAACAAAAAUAACGGAGAUGCUAGAAGAAUAACUCGUCCGCCGAUCGUCAAGCAAAGUCGAUCGACGCGGCCCAAUGUCAUUUAUUAUCAAUGUCCAUGGUGUCAUAGUGCUGUUUGGAUAUAUAGAGCAUUUUUUUUUUGCAAAGGAUCUCCAUGUUUUGACUGUUUAGGUAGAAUGUUUACAUUGCGAGCUCCACGAAUGAAUGAUAAUAUAACAUUAUACUUGGACUAUAUGAUUAGGUACGAUGGCCCAGUACAACGCAACGAGCGACUAGAAUUUUUCGCUGAUCAGCUGCGACAGAACUACCACGAAGCUCCGAUUUGUGAUCAUUCGAAUACAUCAAAUUAA